AUGUGGAGGGGCGUGCUCACCGCAACCGUCUCGGGUCUCGGCGCGUACGUAUAUAAGGUCUCUGGUUCUUCAUUAACUGAACUACUCUCUCGUGUCUUCUCUCUUACCUUGUUCUUGUAUAAUAUAACAUCAAGCAAGCAAGCAAACACAAACAAGCUAACUCUCCACCCUCACAAAACAAACACUCAAUCAACAAUGGUCGCCUUUUUAGAACUAACCUCAGCCGUCUCUCAACCUUUCGUCAUCCCUUCUCUUUCCCCAGUGUCGCAGCCAAGCUCGAGAAAGAACUCUGACGUCAGCGCCGACGACUUGAACCUGGCAAUCGCCAACGCUGCUCUGUUGGGCGCUGCCGCCCCCAACAACGCACACCCCAGAAAGAACUCUUUGACGCUGUUGUAA